AGGCAGUCUCUGCACACCAACGUCCAACAGUGAGGCUGGGCUUGGAGCUCCUCACCGCUGCCCACUGUCCACUGCCCACCACUCCAGUGUGUUUGUGUGUCCGUGUGUCCCCUGCCAUCUUGCCAUGACGCUGCACGGCACAGAACACACCAGCACCACCAGCACCACUAGCACCAGCACCACCACCAGCAUGGCCCACAGCACGGACCGAAGAGGCGUGGAGGAUGAGACAAUUGAGUACUGGCUGUUCCCGCACCACAGCGACGGCUCCCCCAUGACAGAGGCGACCCAGCUGGAGGCACUGAGGGACCGACUGCUGGCCCAUGUAGCGAACCACACACACUCCUACAUCUGGCACCACGAGGCAUUUAAGCUGCGGGUCAAACUAUCCUGUGAAGCGGACCAGGGUAGAGGUGUGUUGGGGCCUCACCUGUCCGGGCGUACCUGUGUGGGAGACUACCUGGAGGAUGAGUGGUUUGUUGUCUACCUGUUGCUCACCUUAACGAGAGACUCUGGCCUGGUGUGUAGGGUGGAAGACAAUGAUGGGGAGUUUCUGCUGGUGGAGGCGGCCAACUACUUACCAGGAUGGGUCACCCCGGACACCGCAUGCAACAGGGUGUAUCUCUCCGGCGGCCAGAUUCACCUUAUACCAGUGGCCCAGACCCCCGCCUCCCUAACCCCGCUCCCCUCCGGCACGCCAGCCAUCAUGGACGCCGUCACCACUAUCACCCGCUACCCAGACGUCACCAGAGCCGCCCCUAAGAUCCAGGACGCCAUUGCCAACAAGAUCAGCGGGUACCCGGGCAGGAUCAGCAAGGAGCAGCACGUGGCCCAUGCAUACGUACCCGUGGCUGUGGCGGCACUGCUGAGGGAGUACCCGACACUGGUGGGCCCCGCUGUGCACGCCUUCUGCAGGAGGGACGCUAUUGAUAACAAGGUACUAAGGGUGAUGCGACACUUUCCCCCUGAGACAAGAGUGACGACAGCAGUUCGAUUCAGCAAGGCCCUUUACGCCCAGCUCGCCGCCCAGCGCUACACACCGGACUCUCGCGUUGGCUGGGACCUCCCUCACCACACCAACCCUAACUUCAAAGUCCAUGAUGUUGGGAUGAAGCUGGCAUGUGGUUUUGAGUUGCUGGUGUGCAGUGCUGGCGGUGUCACUCCAUCCUCCACCCCCACCACCACCACACCACCAGACCUGCCCACUCAGCCCCCUGCUGCCCCGGACCCCCGCUGGCUGCGAUACCACAAGGCGCUCACCGAUAAGGGUUACUUUAGGGGUGAGCUGGAAGGAUCGCAGCUGUACAGGGACCUGGAGCAGAACGCACACCAGUACUUCCAGAGCCACGUGGUGCAGGGUCAGGGCAGCCAGGACGGCGAUGACCUCACUCUGGGUGCCAUGGUGGUCAGGUUGCUCUCCAAGGUCAACGUGGACCAUGAAUUCUACAAGGAAAGGUCAACCCGCCUGGUGCCUGCUGAUGAUGACGGGUGGCUGCAGAUCACCCCUGACGCACUGGAUGGCCUGCUGGAGGCCAAGUAUGGCAAGACUGACGUGCCGCGCGCUGCCUCAGAGAAGGAGAUGAUGGACUCGCUCUCCGCAUUCUUCGGCCACAUGGCAGACGUGGAGGGAGCUGAGGUGCCCCAACGCAAGAUCUCCACACUCUCUAACCCAAAGCGGAAGAGCAGCCAGGGUGGGAGGAAGGUGUCCACGUCGCUGCUGGGCCAGCACCAUCUACGGAAGGUGUCGGCGCAGUCUGCAGCGUCUGACGUUUCCAACUGUUCAGAGAUGUCCUCCUUCUCCAACAAGAUUGACUUCAAUGCUGAUGCGUUCAGCGACGCCAUGGCAAACAUCCUUGAGUCUGGAGUGCCUGAGGACGACUACUGGUGCAACUCAGAGGACGAGUCUUCCGGCAUGAGCAGUUAUGACGGUGAGGACGGCCAGGACGUCAGCCUCAGCCGCAAGUCCUCCAACACCUCCCAGCACUCGGAUGGCUCCUCUUCCACUGCUUCCUCCAAGGGUGCACAGAUGAGGCAGUACAUGAAGGAGAUGGAGGAGGAGCUGGCCGGCACAAAGAUCGCCGACACUCUUGCUCCUGCUGCUUCUGAGGAGGAUGAGUUUGACGAUGUGGAGGACUUCUGCCCCGUCAAGGUGGACCUCCAGGCAGUGCAGGACCUGGUCAAGACGUACACAGCUCAGAAUGGUCUGCCUGGCCCGGCCUCCACACUUCUUUCCUCCGUCGGGAUGAAGCCAAAGAAUGCGUAGGCGGUGUGGUGCGGGCUUCUUUCUGGAAUAUGGAUGUGUUGUUACCUUCCUUACUCACUACAGUCAGUCGUUCCUGCAUGUCUUCACUGUUGGGACUUGACUCAUAAUUUGUCAUCCUCUUUCCCUUCACUCGCUACCUGUUCCUAUUCAGAGCCAGUCAUUGUUCUUGCAUGUCUUAUAUGUCUUCAGGCUGUUACAAGGCUUAACACUCAUCAAUUCUGUCAUCCUCCUUGCAUUCAUUCUAUACAUUCAUCAUCCUCUGUGUAUAAACUUGCACAGCCACUCACCUCUCUUAAUUAUGUCUCAAUACAAUAGAUAAACAUUCUGAACCCGUCCUUAUAAUACUCUAAAAACUUACAUCUCUCUCAAAGCCAGUCAUUCUCACACUCGUCUCUCACGUGUUUUGUAUUCUGUUCUUUAUUUUUUGUUGUGUAAAUAUCUGUUCCUAAUGCAAACUCUACCUCUUCCUUAUGUACUUUGUUUCAAGCCAAUGGUUUCUGUCUGUCUGUACUUUGAGGAAACGAGCAAGUGCCUAAGUGUCUCAUCUGUGCACGAAACAUUUAGGUUACUCUGUUACUCUUGAGACCUUGCUGCACCUCUCCUCUCAGACACGCACAGAGGUGGUGCUUCUGUCAGGUAACACUCUCUACCUCUUCAAACUUAAUGGUAGCUGCCUCUCAUGACUUCCUGCCCUCCUUUACACUGCCAUCAUUUGUCACUUCAUUCCUGCAGCCAUCACCUCUUGUCGCUCUGCCUUUUAUCACCUUGGUUAACCUCUUUUUUGUUCUGCCUUUUCAUCUCCACUCGAUAUUCUGUUUCCAUCCUUCAGAACUAUCAUCUUUUUUCUCUCUGCCCUUUCCAUCACCUCAGUUUGCCUAAAUUUUUUUCCUAUGCCCUUUUAUCACUUCACGCCUUCAUAUUCUACUAUUUACUUCCUUCAGAACCAUCACCUCUUCAGAUAAACUAACCUAUACUUACUUCCUACAUACAGAAAGGAAGACCUAAGACCUAUGCAUCUGUUGUUAUUUCAUUUCAUCAUAUUCUACUAUUUUCUUCCUUCAGGACCAUAACCUAUACUUGCUUCCUAUGUAAAGAAUGGAAGACUUACUUACUUAUCUAUGCAUCUCUCUUCCUAUAUAAAAUGGAAGAUUAUCUAACCAACUUGUGUCAAUGUUUCAACCUCUACAUGCAAUGGAAUGAAUGACUGCCUGUCUUGCUUGCUAAGGACGACACUCCCUCCUUCCCUAAUCUAACCAGCUGACUUCUGAACACUGGGAACAAUUGUAAGGCCUCUCAAGAACUAUGCAUUAUACUCUGACUGAAUGGAUUGAGUGUUGGCAUUCAUAGUAUCAGUGUCUACAGUUAUGACGCCUUCCAAACAUAUGUAUAUAACUUGUAUGUCCGCUAAAACACACGUAUUCAGUCCCUCUAAAAGCAUGCAUAUACACCUACUUAAAAAAAGAUCCAUGGGGAAAUUUACUAACUUGCAUAUUACAGUUUUUUAUAAGCCUUAGAAACUGUUCACUGCAAUUUUUAUCUGUAUACCAGGCUGGCAAUCCCACACAGGGCACCACACAUACACAUACAUAUGAACACACACACACACACACUCAGCCUUUGUCAGCCCCUGGUGGAAAGAUACGGUCUUGCCUACCACCUUACUACACUGAGCUUAGGCACACCAUAGCUAGCCACACACUCAAACAGCAAAGCCAGCUACACAUACACCUACAGCAAGGCCAGCAACACACACACACAUCCACAGCAAGGCCUAACAAUUUUUAAUCUUUCAAGAAACUAUGGCUGUCUAAUUUUCUGUACCUAUACCCAACAAUGGCUGCUAACCUUCCCUUUCCUGGUGUGCUGGGAGGGACAUUAAUCUCUUCCCCUGCCUUCAGUAUUACACAGCCUUCCGAAGUAACAAGUCGUAGGGAGGACUGUUUGCUGUCAUUCCUAAACACCUUAACCACCACUGUUCCUCAGGCCUCACCCAUAACACCUGCUAAGAGGCAAUAGGGGUCAGUUUUGCCUUUUUUGAUGACUGAAACUAACUGUAAACCAUCUAUACUCUUUCUUGAUAAUAGUGACCGAUCAUUGUUUUCCAUCUUAUACCCUUUUUGAUAAUAGUCAAGAUAAUUCUUUUUGUAAGAUAUAGCAAUUGCUUCAACUGUAUUUCUUGCCACAUGUAUGCAUUGACACAGACUACAUAUUUUUUAGUUAGUAUUAGUGAUCUGAUUUGUACUGGAGAGUGACUGGAGGUGUGGGGAAGCAGAGCAGAGAGAAAGAGAGACAGAGAAUGGCUGGAGAUGUGGUGAAGCAGAGCAGAGAGAAAGAGUGGCUGGAGGUGUGGGGAAGCUGACACAUUAAGACUAACACUUAGAAGAUGACAGCCAAAGAGAGGAAGAAAAGAUCAGCAAGUCAAAAGCUAUUCUGGCACUCACUAAACUCUCACUGGUGAAUGGUGGGGAGUGAGAGGUAGUGAGAGGUGAAGUGGUGGGAAUGGGAGAAUGAAGGCAUAGGAAGUGAGAGGUUCAUGGGUUGAGUUUGUGGAUGUUGGACUGAAAUACAAGAAAAAAAUGGGAUAAAGUGAAAAAUCUAAUGAGUUGGACGGUCCUGUUGAGGGUGAAAUGAGAAGUUUGAUAAUAAAACACAAGAUGAAGAAGAAUGGGAUAGUGAAGAUUAAAAUGCAAAGAUGAGCUGGUGAUGAAAUUAAAUGAAUAACAGAAAGAGAGAAGAAACUAAUGAAUCUAGAACAAUAUUAAACUCCCUCAAAAAAAAAAAAAAAAAAAAUAAAUAAAUAAAUAACCACAUCUAAACUCAGAAAAACAAAAAACCAGCUGGAAAUACAAAAAACCUGGAAACAAAACAAAACUGACCAACUGAGAGAUAGAGAAACAAAAUUGACUUCAAACCCCCCCAAAAAGAUGUCCAACUCAAGAAUAUAAUCAAAACCCAUGCCUAAAUUAAAUACAACUCAUUAGUGUGUGUGACAGGUGACUCCAGGUGUGUGGCGUACCUUUGUGUGUGUGUGUGUGUGUGUUGACAAGAGAUUACCCUAUGCAUCGUUAUCUUGUUGGGUGACUGUGUGUGUGUGUGUGUGUGUGUGGAUAGUGGUUCAGAUAGGGAAGAUAAACAUAGCAGAAUGAUAAUAGGUUACUAAGCAUUCAUAGUACAAGGGAUAGGCAUUGUGGAGGUGACAGGAAGGAAGAUGAGGACAGAUUGUAAAGUGGAUAAGAAAAUAUUUUAGAAGCAAGAGAAAAUAUAGAACAGAAAAAAAAAAGAAGGAGGAAAUGAAGGAAGGACAAACAAAGCAAGAAAAAAUACAAAUCAAAGGAAGGAAGGAGAUAGAAGAAUAAGAAAAAGGAAGAAGUUAAGGAGAUGAAGAAGGAAAGAAGGGAGACACAAGAAAUGAAGAAGAUAGCAAAUUAAGAGUUAUGGAAGGAAAAGAAAGGAGAAACUAAGAAAAAAAAAAGUGAAGAAAGAAGAUAGGAAGAGAAUUAUGGAAGGAAAAAAAAGGUGAAAGAAACAAAAAGAACUGAACUGGAGAUGAAAGAGAAAGUUGAGUUAUGGAAGGAAAAAGAAAAAAAAAACAAGAGGAAGAAAGAAUGGAGGUAGGAAGUUGGAGUAAAUAGGGAGAGAUAGAGAGAAAGAGAACAGUAGUCAGAUGGAGUUAAGAGUAAAUAGAAAAGAGAGAGAGAAAAAAAAUAAUUAGGAGUUAGAGAAAAUAGGAAGAAAGAGAGACAGAAAAGUAGUCAUAGAGAAUCAGAGAAAAAUAGGAAAAUACAGAGAGAGAGAGAGAGAGAGAGAUAGUAGUCACAUUAGAGAGUAUUACAACCUCCCUCAACACAAGUAACACUAUAGUCUGUCUUGGCAUUACUAGACAUAAGACUAUUUUUUGUAUUCUUUUUAUAUUUCCCGCACUGUACUGUGGUUUGAGAGGCUAUUGCUGUUGUGUUAGAAGUAGUACAUUUAGGUUUUGUCUAGGCUUACUGACGGAGAGAGAGGGAGAGGGAGAGGGAGAUGCUACAGAGCUCAAAAGUGUUAAUAAAAGGUAGAAUCUGAGAGUUUUGGCGUGAGAGAGAGAGAGAGAGAGAUUAGUUAAGUUCUGUUAAUUAAAGAUAUAUUAUUCUGUGUAAAGAGUAAAAAUUAUUAAAAA